UGUAUAAAUUUCUACGGCAGGUAAAAUUGGGCCGGAGAUUUAUAUAAAUUUUUGCCUUUAAAAAUCAUUUCAUUAUUGAAAAAGUGUAGAAAAUUGUGAAGAUUUUUUUGUGUUGCAUAAAUUUUUAUAUGAAUUAACAAUGGCUCGCUAUACUCAACGUCCUGAAAAUGCUUUGAAAAGAGCGAAUGAAUUUAUUGAGGUUGGAAAACCACUGCGGGCGCUCGAUACUCUGCAAGAGGUAUUCCGUAACAAACGUUGGAACUAUGCCUACUCGGAAACUGUUAUUGAACCACUCAUGUUCAAGUACUUGUACUUGUGCGUUGAGCUCAAGAAGUCGCAUAUUGCCAAGGAAGGUCUCUUCCAAUACCGCAACAUGUUUCAAUUAGUUAAUGUCAACUCGUUGGAGAAUGUUAUACGAGGUUACUUGCGAAUGGCCGAAGAGCACACUGAAGCCGCACAAGCUCAAUCUUCUGCUGCCGUAGCUGUACUUGAAUUGGACGAUUUGGAUAAUAUCGCUACACCAGAAAGCAUUUUGAUGAGUGCCGUUUGUGGUGAAGACGCACAGGAUCGUUCUGAUCGCACAAUUUUAUUGCCAUGGGUUAAAUUCCUGUGGGAGUCGUACUGCCAAUGUUUGGAGUUAUUGCGUGUAAAUACGCAUUGUGAGGCUCUUUACCAUGACAUUGCGCGCAUGGCCUUCCAAUUUUGUUUAAAAUACAAUCGUAAGAGCGAAUUCCGUCGCUUGUGUGAUAAGUUAAGAAAGCAUUUGGAGGACAUCUGUAAAAGCACCAACCAAAAUGCUGGUGUUUCUAUCACAAAGCUAGAAACGCAACAACUUUGUUUAGAUACUAGACUGUAUCAAUUAGAUUCCGCAAUUCAGAUGGAGUUGUGGCAAGAAGCAUAUAAAGCUAUUGAAGAUAUUCAUGGCCUAAUGGCUUUGUCCAAGAAAAAUCCUGUGCCAAAAACAAUGGCAAAUUAUUACCAGAAGCUCGCUAUGGUAUUCUCAAAAGCUGGUAAUCAGCUCUUCCAUGCUGCAGCAUUGUUGAAAUUGUUCCAACUUACUCGCGAAUUGAAAAAGAAUCUAACAAAAGAGGAUAUGCAACGUAUGGCAUCUCAUGUACUCAUUGCAACUUUAUCAAUUCCUCUACCAUCAGCUCAUCCAGAAUUUGAUCGUUUCAUCGAAGCUGAUAAAAGUCCUUUAGAAAAGGCACAAAAAUUGGCAGUUCUGUUGGGUUUGCAACAGCCACCAACAAGAGCAUCCUUAAUAAAGGAAGUGGUGAGGUUGAAUGUGCCACAUCUCGCUUCCGAAGAAUUUCGUAACUUGUACAAUUGGCUUGAAGUUGACUUUAAUCCAUUGAACUUGUGCAAGCGUGUGCAAACUAUAAUUGACGUUAUUGAAAAAUCUUCUACCGAUAUUUUAACUCCUUAUGUACGCUUUUUGAAGGAUGUCACCAUAAUGCGUCUGAUAAGACAAAUUUCGCAAGUAUAUGAGAGUAUCGAGUUUGCCAGAUUGCUUGAACUGGUUAGCUUCUGCAAUAUAUUUGAGCUCGAAAAGUUGCUCGUAGAGUCAGUGCGUCAUAAUGACAUGCAAAUUCGAAUUGAUCAUCAAAAACGUUGUGUAUAUUUCGGUACUGAUUUGGCUGAGAGUCAACGAGAAGAUCAAAUAGAUGGUCCAACACUGCAAUCAAUGCCUUCAGAGCAAAUACGUUCUCAACUUGUAAACAUGUCUUCUGCACUGCAUCGUGCCGUUUCGAUUGUAUAUCCCAAUCGUGAAAAAGAUCAACGUGCCAAGCUACGUACACAAAUGGUGUAUCAUUACCAUGAGAUUAAAGAAAGAGAACAUCAACGUAUACUUCAGAGACAAAAAAUUAUUGAGGAUCGUAAAGAGUUUAUUGAAAAACAAAAUAACGCCCGUGAGGAAGAAGAGGCGCGCCGUGUAGAAGAAGAAACGCGUAAAGCCAAAUUAGCUGAACAAAAACGUCUUGAACAAGAGAAUGAAGAACGUGAACGCAAACGCCAUCAAAAUGAGAUUCUCGCUAUUAGAGAAAAGAGUUUAAAGGAAAAAGUGCAGCAAAUUUCUCAAACUGCAAUUGGUAAAAAAAUGCUUUCGAAACUUGAUGAGGAAGGCAUUAAGAAAUUGGAUGCUGAACAAAUUGCAGCACGUGAAUCUGAAGAGCUUAAACGUGAACAUAAAGAGUUGCAGUCUAAGCUGAAAUCGCAAGAAAAGAAAAUUGAUUACUACGAACGUGCUAAGCGUAUGGAAGAAAUUCCACUAUUCGAAAAAUAUUUAGCUGAAAAGCAAGUAAAGGAUCAAGAAUUCUGGGAAGCUCAAGAGCAGACUCGCAUUGAGAAUGCAGUCGCUGAACGUAAAGACGCUGUCGCACAACAGGAUCGUCUUAAACGUAUGUAUUCUGAUCGUGAUGUGUUCUUGGAAGCUCUUAAGAAAGAACGUGCUUCACUCUUUGUGGAAAAAUUGAAGAUGUUCGAUGUUGCAUUAGCUGAAGAGCGCAAGAAACGUCUAAAUAUACGCAUAAAUAUGAGACGUGAAGAGCGUCGCCGCCAGUGGUUACGCCAAAAGGAAGAAGAACGUAUGCGUAGAGAAGAGGAAAUUCGUCGCGCAAAGGAAGAAGAAGAACGUGCUGUCGCUGAAGCCAGACGUUUAGAACGUGAAGCUGAAGAAGAGAAACGUCGUAUACAAUUUGAAAAACAACGUGCCAAAGAAGAAGAAGCUGAACGUAGGAUUCAAGAGGAACGUGAUAAGUUGGCUCGCGAAAUGGCUGCUGAAGGUGAUCGUGAGAAAGAGCGCGAUGUAUGGCGUCCACAUGGCGAGCGUGCCGAACGGGGUACAGGUGCUUCCGACUGGCGUCGCGGUGGUGCACAUGCUGAACGUGAGCGACCAACCGAGCGUAACGUUGAACGUAACGUUGAGCGUAAUGAACGUAAAGAAGCUGAUACUGGUGGUGAUUCUUGGCGUUCUCGUCGUGAUCCUGAUUCUGCUCCUAAUAGGGGACAAGCUCCUGCUGGUCGGGAUACGGACAAAUGGCGAUUUGGUGGUGACGAUGAACGACCACGUGGUGGGGACUUCCGACGUGGAUUGGGUGAUCGCGAUGUUCGUCGCGAUGGACGACGCGAUGAUCGUCGUGAUGAUCGACGUGGUGAUGACCGCCGCGAAGAACGGCAAAAUGAUCGUCGCGAUGACCGGAGGGAUGAUCGCCGUGAUGAACGUCGAGAUGAUCGUAGAGGCGAGGAUCGUAGAGGAGAUGAUCGUCGUGAUGAUCGGAGAGGAGAUGAUCGCCGUGAGGAUAGACGAGACGAUCGUCGAGAUCAAAUGGACAAUUGGCGUGAAGCGCCAAGAAACGCAGAACGUGGAGAUAAUCGACGAUUGGGUGGAGGAACAGCAAAAGAUUCUAGUAGCUGGCGGUCGUCUGGACGUAAUGAAAAAGAAAGACCUCCAGCAAGAAGGGAACAACAACAAGAAAAAGAAAAUAAAAAUACUGAUGAUGGUGAAUGGACUAGAGUUAAACGUCAUUAGAGAUUACAUUUGCUCCUAUUUAUAAUAUAUUUCAUACUUUAGCGGCCUAUUAACUCCAGCAGAAUUUUUACCUGAUUCACUUAUUACUAACUUAUCAGUAAUGUAUUUAAACAUAUAUAUAUGUA